AAAAUGAAAUCGAAACAAAAUCGAGUUUUAAUGUGAAAGACAUAUACCACGUGCGGAAGUGACGUAUAUGUUUUGGUAGUUACCGGAAAGGCGGGCAGCGAUGGCAAAUUUGAAAUUUGCGGGCUAGCCGCUAGCCGCUAGCAAACUCCUCGGAUUAAUAAUAAGUUUCUUUUUCACCGAAACCAUGGCGUCGUAUCAUCAUUUAUUACAACACACAAAAUCGCGGUUUGAGUCUCCUGCUAAAGUGUUUGCUAAGCUAAAGUCCAAAGUGCGGAGAGAAGAGAUGUGCGCUAAAGACGGGACUUUCACGGCCCAGGACCCGCUGUGUAACGUUACAGAGAAACAUGGAGCAGGUUUUGGGUCGCCCAGGAAGCGGGCAGAGAGCACCUGGGUGACCGAGGAGCUCAAGGAGAAUCAGAGGACUACUUAUUAUCGACAUGAAGCUCAGGCGUUGACUCUUUCACCCAUAAAGAGUCCUCAGAAAAGCUUCGCUUAUUCAAACAUUAGCAGAAAUGCGGAGGAAAUGCCUCCUGUGACAGAGAGAGGACACGGAAGUUCACCGAGAAAAAGAGCUUUUGUGGAGUCGGUAGCUUUGUCCUCUCUGGUGGACAGAAAGCAGAUCCACACAGAGACACCUCAGAUCAGAGACACGAGGGGCUUCAGGGUGACCAGCGGGACUCCAGUAAAGAUACAUCCAGUGGAAAAUGAAUAUGUGGACAGUGUUUUUGAGGAGGGGUGUGCUCCUCUUGACAAACUGAUGUCUCCGGUUUAUAUGUGCUCCCCCAUGAGGAAGAGGCUGAGGAGGAGUAAAUGGGAGUCGCAGGAGUUUAACAGAGUCAGCAGCAGCACAAAGGAGGUCAGCAGUGGACCCACAAGUCAGCCACAAGAGAGGAAAACCUCCAGUGCUCUCAGUGAGGACAUCCACACUCACGUGGAGGACAUGGGUAAUUUCAGAGGACCAGAGAUGGACAAGUUCACUCAUGAACCAGCGCUCCCAUCACCGAGAGCCAUCAGAAAGAAACGUUGCUUUGUUCCUUUGGAAACUCUUCCUCCGAUGUCUCCAGCCAAGAUGUUUGCGUACUUGAAGGAGAGGGAAAGUAAAAAGGAGCAGCAGGAAGUUCAUAAAGUCAGCAGCAGCACGAGGGAUCUCUUUGACGCAGGUGAUAACCUCCACCAGCGCAGAGACACGCCUCCCUCCACAGCUCACAGCGUGGGUGAGAUGGAGGACGUUGAUUGUAGAGGUGCUCCAGAAAGUGUGGUUCCUGUCAGCCGCUCCAGAGUCGAGUCAGCUGACAGCCAAUCAGACACAGAUCCCUCAGAAGAUGUCCCGAGUCCUGCUGUGUCACCGCAGUGUGUUUUGUUCGAAGACCCACUUGUACUGAAUACCCCACGGAUCUCCAUACCAAAGAAACAAGAGGCUGUGUUCAAGCCAAACAGAUGGCCCCAGCGCACGAAAUUCCCAAGUGAAAGCGUGAUUUAUCUCAAAAAAUGGUUCCUGAGGAAAAAUCACAAGGGCUUGUUUGUUGAUGGAGUUCACCGGGACGACAACAUACCAUGGAACAGUAACAUCAUUGUGGACAGGGUUUCUAAGUCUGUGGUAAAGACGGUCUCCGGCAGGGUUUACAUUUUGGUCGGAAAGAUGAAUAAGAAUAUUGAGUCCGAGUUUCCAAAGUGGCUUUUGAAGAAGUUUGCUAAUGGGUUUCCUCCAGACUGGGAGGCACUUUAUGAGAGGUUUCUGUCAGAGUCAAAAGACGACCCCAAUAGAGAAACAGAGAGGAACACUCAGGGGAGAGUCGUCAUAUCAAGAUUGAAAUCUGAGGCGUCCUCCAUCAACCAUUCAGUGAAGCAACACAGGCAAAAGUCUUUGAGGGCACCUGAUUCCUGCCCUCCUGAAUCCAUGACUUCUGCAAGAGUGUCUCGAAGUGGUCGUGUGAUUAAGCCUCCUCUGGAGUAUUGGAAAGGAGGGAGAGUCAUUCUGGAUGCACAGAUGAAUGUUACUAUCCACGAAUGUUACGAUACCUCCAUCUGCAUCCCUGUCACUACGUCAGUGUCUACGAGGGCGUCACAGAAACCUGUCCGUGUGUUCCUGCCCUGCAGUGAAGGCCGUAAACAACGUGAAUCGGCCAGUGACGAAGAGACGUCGGUACCGCUGAGGAAGGUCAAGGCUCCACUCCGCAAACACAACAGAGCCAAGGUUAAGCCUGACGAGAAGCCCUCUUACUCACAAGAACCUCCUGUGGAAACACAUAGCAGCACUGACGAAUGGUCUGGCAGGCACACAAGGUCCAGCCAAAGGCGUCCAGCUAAAGACAGAACAAUGCAUGUGGACACUGUCCCCCAAAGGCAAAGUAAACCUGAAAAGUCUUCAACAUGGAGGUCAAAAAAACAGACACAUGGCACCUCAAAGCCGUCAGUGAGAGGCAGAAAACACGCUGUCCGAGCAUCUCCAGAAUCUGUUAAUGACAGAACAUCCACAUCAUCGCCUGAUGAGGUCGUUGGGAGAAAGAAGCAGCGGAAAGAAGUACACAGGGAGAGAGGCAGGGGAGCCCCUAAACCACGACCAAACUACGUGUUUCCAUCAAGCGAUUCGUCACAGUCAUCUGAGGAGUUCAAGGAAGAAUUGAAAAAAAAACCUAGAGUAACGCAAACAAAAGGCAAACAGAGCAAACGCAGCAAAUCGUCUUCACCCUCCAAGCCGUCACCUAAGUUGACACAAUCCAGUAAGAAACCCCAAUCAAAGAAAGGCAACGCUCCGAUUCCAGCAGAGCGAGAUGACGACGAGUGGACGGAGGCAGAGCUCGUGAAGCUACAAGAGGCUGUGUCCUACUACCCCAAGCACAUGACAGCUUACUGGGAAAAGGUGGCGAGGGUGGUCGGAACACGCUCUGCAGAAGAGUGUCACCACAAGCACACGACCCAGGGAACCUCCCAGACCCCCGCUAAAAAAGCCAAGAAACCCAAAAAGGUGGAAGCAACAAAAGAUCCAGUGACAGAUGAUCCGGUGAUAUCUGCCCGAGCGGGAACCUUCAAGAGAAAGCAGCAAGUGCGUCAGUUCCUGGACAACAUGCCCAGAGACGAUGUUGAGGACGUUUUCAGCUCUGCGUACAUGCAGAAUAAACGCUUUGAGAUGCCUUCCAUGUGUCCGAGUGAGCACGACUUCAAACUCCCAGACAUGGAGCCACUGACCCCCAUGUCGACAGGUUUCCCUGAAGUGAAGACUCCUCAGUGUCUGCAUAUCACUCCUGGCAUGAUGGGCUCUCCAAGCAGGAACCAUGAUGACAAGUACGUCUAUCAACUCCAGAAAAGGAUGAAAAAAAAUCAAUUUAACGUCUGCAAACAGGCUCCUUCUUCAAAGAGCUUCUCACCCACACCAUCAGUUAAACGAACAAUGAGAAGAUGUGGUAAUGCAGAUGACACCUUUGUAGUCUGGGAGAUGUUCCCGGGAAAUGGUGGCCAGCUGUCUGAUAGUGAAGAGGAAGAGGAUUUUUACUUUUCAGAUAAGGACUGAUUGGAGCUGAAAUGUCAAACCAUUGUAAAUGGAAAAAAAACAAACCCUUACAUAUUGUUUGAAUGAAUUAAAGAGUUAAAAUCAAUGGAACAAAGGCGAGAUGUGACUUUUGCCCUGGUAAACUCAUCAAUUUAAACUAUAAAACUGUUGCAAUUUUGUUUCCGUCUUUCACCUGUAGGAGUUGAAUGUUUUUAUUUUUUUAAACAUAAACUCAGAUUUGAGCUCUUUAAUGUGAAACAAACACUAUAAAUAGAGUAACUGUUUUUUAAUUUUUCAAACACAACCUGCAAUGCUAGGUAUGUAUGGUAAAUUAAACACACCUUGUGGUGAGGCUGUGUGGAACUGGAAUAGCUGAAAAUUUCUUUGAAAUUUAAAUAUGCUGUAAAAAACACAUUGUGUUCCAGUAUUUGCUUGUAAAUAUAGUUUAAGUUUUUAAAAAGUCAGUUGUAACUGUUCUUUUAAUAAACAUUCUUUAAUUCUUA